AUGGAAUACAUCAAAAGCCUUUUCCUAGAGAACCCUGAACCAGCAACUGUUUUGGUCGAUAAAGAGAACCACAUUUACAGAAACCGACAUGGUGUAGAAGAACUAAUCUCAAGUCCACUUUUCCCUCGGCUCGAUUCCUCUGAGCGCACAAUUUCCAAGAUUUGGGAAAGUGUGACGGAUACAAACUCGUCCAAGAAAGGAUUUGGUCACAGAAACGUCGUUAAAAUUCACAACAACGAAGUAGCAGCAGAUCCCAACAAUCCGGAAUCAAAGCCAAAAAAGUGGAUGUCGUAUGAGCUCGAAGAUUAUACAUGGCUCACUUACGGUGAAGCAAAGAAGAGAACCGAGAAGAUUGCUGGAUGUUUAAAAAAGAGAGGCUUAAAAUCUGGAGAUUUGAUCCUUUUGUUUGCAAAGACAAGAGAGGAAUGGAUAUUGAUGGCUAUGGCCUGCUUUUCUUUGGGAAUUGUCGUAGCCACUGCUUAUGAUAGUAUGCCUGCCGACGCCAUAUCCCACAUUUUGGAUGAAACCGAACCUAAAGCAGUAUUUUGUGAGACUUCAUUAUUGAAUGUGCUAAGCAAGGGACUUGGAAUGCUUACCGAAGAAAAAAGAUCCAAGCUUGUACUCUAUGUUGGACUCGAAGAGGAAUCACCAGGAGCCGUAGAAAACUUUAGAGAAUCUCAUUCAAAUGACGCCGAAUUGAUCCAUUUUGAUACAAUUUACGAAUCUGAUAAUCUGACUGCUACCGACAGUACGGUCAGACCCGAUGAUCUGGCUGUAGUCAUGUAUACCUCGGGUACAUCUGGUGCGCCAAAGGGUGUUGAGCUGACACACGGAAAUAUUGUUGCUGCUAUGGGUGCAGCCGAGUAUUUGGUGGUCGACUUUUUAAAGGAGGAGGAUAAUCACUGCUAUGUCGGAUUCCUGCCGUUGGCACAUGUUCUCGAAUUCCUUUUGGAGUUCCUCUUUAUAACCAUGGGCAUCCCAAUUGGUUAUGCUACCAUCCGUACCUUGAUGGAUGACGGUGUAUGUGGUCCUGGAGGCAAAGGAAAGGGUACCGGCGAUCUCAAGGCUUUGAAACCAACUAUCCUUGUUGGUGUUCCAGCUGUAUGGGAGCGUAUCACAAAGGGUGUGUCCAGUCAACUGGAUAAGAAGCAUUGGGCACUACAGAACAUUUUUAAAGGUAGGUUUCCUGCUUUAUUCUAUAUCUGCAUAUAUGGUGCUCUAAACGCAUCAUUAGAUACCACCAUAUUUGCGUCUGUCAGAGAGGCAACUGGAGGACGCCUCAAGUAUGGUCUUUCAGGAGGAGCACCCAUAUCAUACGACACCCAAAAAUUCCUCUGGUCUUCUCUUUGUUACUUUUUGCAAGGUUACGGGUUGACAGAAUGUUGUGGUUUAGCUGCUGUCACACUGCCUACGUUAGGUAUUGUUACAGGUUUAGUCGGUCCUCCUUCGCCUUCUAUUGAGUGCAAGCUUGUUGAUGUACCCGACACGGAUUACAAGGCCGAAAAUGGUAUUGGUGAAGUCUGGCUUCGUGGACCUUCAGUAAUGCGUGGAUACUACAAGCGUCCCGAUCUCACAAAGGAGGCACUGACAGAAGAUGGCUGGUUUAAGACUGGCGACGUGGCUCAUUUCACAGAAAAUGGCUCUAUUGCUAUUACUGAUCGUAUCAAGAACCUUGUCAAGCUUUCCCAUGGUGAAUAUAUUGCGCUCGAAAGCCUCGAGUCAAAAUACAGAAACAGCACAGAAAUCAAGAAUAUUUGUCUUAUCGCCAACAGCGAAAGAUCUUAUAUCAUUGGUGUAGUUGAGCCUAAAGAUGAUAGCGUCGAUAAAGACACUCUCCUCCAAGAGCUUCAAUCGACAGCAAAGAAGAGUGGAUGUAGUCGUGUGGAGAUCAUCAAAGACAUCUUAGUAACAAGAGACGAAGAUUGGGUUAAGCAUUAUUUGACCACCAGCGGAAAACUGAAGCGUAGAGAUAUAUACAAGUCUAACAAGGAUGAAAUCGAAAAAAUUUACACCUAG